UCUACACCGGCCACACACUGACUAGUCUAGUGGCUGCUCCUGCUGCCCUCACAUAAUCGCAUAUACAUACACAAUUACACAACCCUGAAUAAGCCCUUACACUCUCAGCGUCGCCGGAUCUUCUCUGGGCACGACCCUCGACGCCAGUCGCAUUUGCCUUCGCAGCGGCGCACGGGCGGUUCCUUACGCACAGCCUCCUCCAGCACCACCACCCUCGUCACCCUCAGCGAGCCAACCAAGGCGAAACAUCACCACCACACUAAACGCCCACCCCCCUUCUCUCUCUUUUCACCUCUGCGAGCUCUGAGAGCCGCAUCCCCCUCGCAACGCCUUCGCCCCGUGUCCUGCUGCUCCUUGUUGUGCCUUGAUCCUGCGCUGCAUCACUGCGCAUCUCCAGCAUCAUGGACGGCGCAGGCCAGCCCAACCUGCGCAUCACCAUCAUUGCCGCUGAUGGACUCUACAAGCGCGAUGUGUUUCGAUUUCCCGACCCCUUCGCCGUAGCCACCAUCAAUGGCGAGCAGACGCGCACCACGAGCGUCAUCAAGAAGACGCUGAACCCCUAUUGGAACGAGAGCUUCGACAUGAGAGUGAACGAAGAAAGCGUCCUGGCGGUUCAAAUAUUUGACCAGAAGAAGUUCAAGAAGAAGGACCAGGGCUUCUUGGGUGUCAUCAACGUCCGCAUCGGGUCGGUAAUAGAUCUUGACGCUGGCGGAGACGAGAUGCUCACGCGCGAUCUCAAAAAGUCCAACGACAACAUGGUCGUUCACGGCAAGCUCAUUCUUAAUCUCUCCACUAAUCUAUCUACUCCCAUCAGCCAAGGAUCCCAGAAUGCCACCCGCCCGAAUGCGUCUCCGCACCCAUCCACCAACGGCGCCAUCCCCGGCGCUGCCUCUACCCCACAGCACUCGACUUCAAACCUCCAUCCUCCCGAUGUGUAUCCAGGCAAUCGAGCCUCGGCCGCCAGUCAAGCCGCUCCCCAGCGCCAGAGCCAAGCCCCUCCAGCGGGUGGACCGACUGGCCCACCUGCAGGGCCUGGGCCUGCACCCAAUGGGGCGCCUCCAGCUCGCAACAGUGCUGGUGCCGCAUACAGUGCUUUCGAAGAUGCGCAAGGAAGACUACCAAAUGGUUGGGAACGCCGUGAAGAUCACUUGGGACGAACAUAUUACGUCGACCACAACACCAGGCAAACUACAUGGAUCAGACCGGGCGCGGGUUUCAACGAGGCAGACCAGCGCCGAGAUGUAGCAGCGCAGACGCAGCAGGAACGCAUGCGACAUCAGAACCGGAUGUUGCCAGAGGACCGAACAGGUGCCAAUUCGCCUACCCUGACCGAGCGCCAGCCAUCACCGCCUGGCGGCUCGGCAGCGAAUGCCGCGAGCAUGAUGGCAACGGGAGCAACCACUGCUGGUACAGGAGAGCUUCCGUCUGGUUGGGAGCAGCGCCAUACCCCCGAAGGCCGACCGUACUUUGUUGAUCACAACACACGAACGACAACAUGGGUGGAUCCUCGCCGACAACAAUACAUCCGCAUGUACGGCGGUCAGGCUGCUAACGGUAGCACUAUUCAGCAGCAGCCCGUUUCUCAGCUUGGCCCACUACCUUCAGGAUGGGAAAUGCGUCUCACCAACACGGCAAGAGUGUACUUUGUGGACCACAACACAAAGACUACUACGUGGGACGACCCGAGGUUACCUUCGUCACUGGAUCAGAACGUGCCUCAAUACAAGCGCGAUUUCCGUCGCAAGCUCAUCUACUUCAGGUCGCAGCCAGCGCUCCGCAUUGUUAGUGGUCAAUGUCACGUCAAGGUGCGCCGAUCGCAUAUUUUCGAGGAUUCCUACCACGAGAUCAUGCGGCAGAGCGCUGCCGACCUCAAGAAGAGACUGAUGAUCAAGUUCGAUGGUGAAGACGGUCUUGAUUACGGAGGUCUCUCCCGAGAAUUCUUCUUCUUGCUUUCCCACGAGAUGUUUAAUCCCUUCUAUUGUUUGUUUGAAUAUUCUGCACAUGACAACUACACUCUCCAAAUCAACCCCCACUCCGGUAUCAACCCUGAGCACUUGAACUACUUCAAGUUCAUUGGUCGUGUCGUGGGUUUGGCCAUCUUCCACCGUCGUUUCCUGGAUGCCUUUUUCAUUGGAGCGUUCUACAAGAUGAUCCUUAAAAAGAAGGUUUCGCUACAGGACAUGGAGGGUGUAGAUGCCGAUUUCCAUCGUAACUUGGAAUGGAUGCUGAAUAAUGACAUUACGGACGCCCUGGAACUGACAUUUUCAACCGACGACGAGCGCUUUGGCGAGACCGUCAGCAUUGAGCUGAAGCCUGGAGGUGAAAAUAUCGAGGUCACGAACGAGAACAAGCACGAAUACGUCGAACUCAUCACGGAAUGGCGUAUCCAAAAACGUGUCGAAGAACAAUUCCAGGCCUUCAUCACUGGUUUCCACGAGCUGAUUCCGGCCGACCUCGUCAACGUCUUCGACGAACGUGAACUAGAGUUGCUUAUCGGUGGUAUAGCAGACAUCGACGUGGAUGACUGGAAGAAGCACACCGACUACCGCGGUUACACUGAGAAUGACGAAGUUAUCCAAAACUUCUGGAAGUGCAUUCGCAGCUGGGACGCGGAACAAAAGUCUCGUCUAUUGCAGUUCGCCACGGGUACAUCGCGUAUUCCCGUCAACGGAUUCAAGGAUUUGCAGGGUAGUGAUGGUCCAAGAAGGUUUACAAUCGAGAAGGCUGGCGAGCCAAACCAACUGCCAAAGUCUCACACAUGUUUUAACCGUCUCGAUCUACCACCGUACAAGACGUAUGAGGUACUCAACCAGAAACUUACCAUUGCUGUUGAAGAAACUGUUGGCUUUGGUCAAGAGUAAAACCACAAAUUUCUCAUUGGAAUAUUGCACAUGAACCGCCAUGGCGGCCCUAGGUCCGGCGGAGACCUCUGUUGGCUCUAUGCCAAUGUACAAAAUACGCGAAGUCAAGAAAAGAGCUUCAACUAGUCUGGCGAGCAAGAAAAAAAGGCGCUCUUUGGAUCGCAUAUGAUGCUCUUCCGCUUUCCGCACUAUAUUUGACCUGGCUCGCUUUACUGCAUUGUAGGGGAGGGAGGAUAUGUCGUAGGCUUGCGAGGACAUGCAAGUGCUCCAUGGGCGUUUUGGGGGUGCUUUGAGACGGGACGAGGAAAGGGUAGCGCUUUUUAUUGUUUUUUAACACCGAGCGCGUGGUCAGUAUGAAGAAUAACGAUUAUUGUUGACGAAAAAGACUUUUUUGUACAUUGUCCAAAUUCCCCUCUCUGGUAGUAGAAAACUAGUCACUUUAUGCAUGGA